ACAUCAUUCGUUUCUUAGUGGGAACACAACUACUUUUCCCGCUUAAUGUUAUUGAUCAAGUCGACCAAGUCGGUACUUUCUUUCUCUCGUGUCGACUGCCAAAGAUCAAUUUAAUGUCAACAACACAGAACAGCAAUGUUCACUCCCAACACAUUUUCUAUUUCGACUUUGGUGAAAUUCUUCAAGAAUUUAUAUUUUUACGUCUAAUCGCUAAAUGUUGUGAAGUGUUUAGUUGGGAUGAGAUCUAUUACAAUGCAGCAAGAUUUAGGACAAGUAAAUCAUGUCUUUUUUUUAUCAACACAGAAGAGAUUCAUGGAAACAUUAAUUCAUACGACAGAAAUCUUAUCAAAGUUGAAGUUAUAAGUGAAGACAAGACUCAGACUAUGUUCGUUUUACAAAAAAUGAUUAUUUUUAUUGACGAAAUAAUCAAUCGAGAUUUCAACCUGGAAUACUUUAGAAAACAGUACAUAUGUGGACCUGUGUGCAAGACGUGUAGUUUCUUAGAUGAUACAAUGGUUUUGGUGAACCUCAUUACACAUGGAAACGAUAUAUCUACACUAAAUGACUAUAAACCAGACAUUUAUCAUAAGGUCACACUUGAGCUAAAGUUGAAUAUCACAUGCAGUCGAAGAGACAAUGAGAUCUGAAGAGCUCAUUACACAACAGCGAUAAUGUAAUUUGUAACACACCACAAACUCUAAGGUGACCUCUAUAUGGACUACAAUAAUUCAAAAACACUUUUCAAGGUUAUAUAUUUACCCGUAUUUUCUGUGGAUACGCCUGUAUGGACGUGAAUCUGCCUUUGUAGUGUUUAGGCCCAUGCUUCUUAAGGUGUCCUGUAAUAGGCCUAUAUAAUCUUAACCAAUAUUCGUGAUAGACACUGUAGAUUGACAAUGA